UGUAGAUUAUGAGGACGAGUCUCAGCAGCAAUAUCUACUGCAGGCAGUAAGUGUAAGUCUCUUCCACAGAUUCUUGAGUGACUUCAAAUUGAAGACGAUGAAUGAGACUGUGGUGAAUCUCCCUGUGGACGUGUCCGAGGAAGAUGUACGCAGGAUGCUUGAUCAUGUGAAUCAGCUUGAUGAGAUCAGGAUGAACGAGCACUUCCGGAUGGUGUUCUUGUUUCAAGGAGAAUCAUGUGACACCUUCAUCAGUGAGUUCAGCAAGCGACAGCCCACGAUGGUCCAGUCACUUCAGGACCUGGAGGAGGUGGCUGUUCAGCUCGACAGGAUGAAUAAAGGGGCAAAGAUCUCCAGUGUGACAGGCAGCUCAGUGGGGGCGAUCGGAGGAGUGCUCUCCAUUGUCGGCCUGGCGUUAAUUCCUUUUACAGCAGGGUUGUCUCUUGGUCUGACAAUGACAGGGGUAGGGCUGGGAGUCACCAGCGGAGUCAACAGUGUUGUCACCACCGCCACAGAGAUAGGAGUAAACGCCACACAACAAAAGAAAGCCAGAGAAGUCUUCCAGAGCUUCAUGGAGGAUGUUCAGAGUCUCCAGAAUUGCCUCGAUGAUGUGAUCAAUAAAACACUCUUCAAAAUGGAAGACAAUUUGAUUAAUUUGGCUGUAGGAGUGGGCAAGGUUGUGAGUAAGACCAGUCGUAUCGUUAAGGGCAUUGAUGGCAUUGUUGAUGCUGCCUCUUCUGUCAAGUUGCUGAAAAACGCAGAGGCGAUUGCGGGUGUUGGUAAAGAAGUGGCUAAGGAAGGUAAGACUUUGCGUAGUGUGUCCAGGUUGGCCUCUGACAUCCCAGAUAUUGGUCAGGCAGCAGCCAAAGGGCCUCUCGCUCUUUCAAAGUCAGCCAGGGCAGUUGGAAUCGGACUCAACGCUCUUUUCAUUGGCAUGGACGUUUUCUUCAUCUGUAAGGACAGCAUCAGUCUGGCCAAAGGCACCGAGACCGAAGUCUCACAGUUCAUCCGGGCCAGAGCUGCACUCUGGAGCUCAGAGAUGGAAGCAUUUAAGAGGAUGCACGACUCCCUGUGUAAAGGCCAGCCAACAUCGGAGAAGAAUGAAGCUCUUCUGGAGACGCCUUACUAUCCGGAUUCCUGCAUCAACAACAAAGAAAUAUAAAAUAUAAAAAAUAUCAUCAUGCAGGGUCAGACCCGUCGCCAG